GAUAGAAGACAGGACACUAAUUGAGCUACUGUACGGUAGACCUAAAUCACCCAAAAGACCUACGCCCAAACGCCUCAUACACAGGUUGUCCUAUCGAUACUGAGGACAAUGAAGACCCCUCUCUGGGCCCUGCUUCUGCUGUGUCUGUGUGUCCCGGGACACUGUAGUGACUGCCAGGAGGACUGCCUGGCCUGUAGCCACAUCCUGCCCCAGGAGAUCAACUUUAACACACUGGUGUGUCUGGUGGAGUGUGAGGGUAACGUCUUCCCUGCCUUCACUUGGGACCUGUGUCGCAAGGUCUCGGCACCGCCACAGUUACCCUCCCUGUCCAUAGGGGGCGCCGCCAUGCUGAAGCGGGCCCAGGAGGAGGUGGAGGCCAUUCUGCCAGAGGAAGAAGAAGAGCAGGGGGACGGGGGGCUGAUGUACCUAGCAGCCCUGCAGAGGUUUGACCACGUGGCCCGUGCUCUGGGGACAGACGAGCUGGGCAGUGAGAGCCAGCGAACCCCUGCCGAUGCUGCCUACAACUCCCAGCUGCCCCGGGAAAUGGAGGAAAUGGACGGGGAAGAGGGGGAUAGCGUGACAGAGAGAGAGCAGGACGGAGCGGCGGGGAUAAGUCUGUCAAAGCGCUUUGGGGGGUUCCUGAAGGGAAGGCACGGCUACAGGAAAUUGAUGGGCCCUGGGAGGCCCUUGCAGAAGCGCUAUGGCGGGUUCAUAGGCGUCCGGAAAUCUGCCCGCAAGUGGAACAACCAGAAACGCUUCAGUGAGUUCCUGAAGCAGUACCUGGGCAUGAGCACCCGAGCCAACAAGUCCUACAACAGCGUCUCCGCUGACAUCACCCAACAGAACGAGGUGUAGCCAUGCCCAAGGCAACCGUAUCCCUGCCAUCACCUAGCAAACCCCCGACCACGGUGAUGAUUAAACUUCUGUUCUGAACACAACCUCUCAUGAAAAUCCACACUGGAGCAUUAUAGAUUAAGUCUUGUAUAUUUCUCAUUGAUAACGAUAACAACAUAUUAUGAAUAAAAGCUAAAAAAAAAUAGUGAAAAAUACAAUGUAUUAAUGGUUUAUCAGAGAAUUACUCUGGAUUAUUAUCAUAGUCAAACAAACACACUGUAUUUGUUUUGCUUUUCCAUACUGUAUCUGUAAUGUAACUUUUCAAAACAUCUUUGCCUUCAUCAAUCAUGGCUAUUAGUAUUACAUGGGUUAAUUCAGUGGAAACUUUCAAUGACUUACAAGUGAAGUGUUCAUUGGUUUCCUGAACCAGUAUAGUACAUCCACAAAGUUUCUAAACCCAGAGGCGCAACAUCGCUAGACUUCGGUAAACACUUUCGAAACAGACCAUGCAGACCAGGGUUUGGGGUUUGAGAAGUCAUUAAUGAGAGAUGUGAAAAAUUAUUACUUAGUUGUUACUUUUCACAAUCUAAAGGCACAACCUAGAUUCGAGCCAAUGGCAUAAGUAGUUGAACAUGUUAUUACUCCAACCUUGUAAA